AUGGUGAAGCUAGCAGAAUAUCCCCGUACGGCGACGUUCGCUUGGUCACCCGACAAGGUGCCGGUGUUGGCCACGGGUACGGCGUCGGGGACGGUGGACGCGGACUUCUCGAGCACAGCGACGCUGGAGUUCUGGGAGGUGGGGAGCGCGGAGAGCGGGCCGCAGGGGUCGGUGACGGCGGACGCGAAGUUCAACGACCUGGACUGGAGCAGGGACGGGGCGAUGCUGGCAGGGGCGCUGGAGAACGGGGUGGUGGAGUUUUUCUGCGCGCGGGAGCGGCGGUCGGUGGCGCGGGUGGCGCGGCACACGACGGGCGUGCGCGCGGUGCGGUUUAACGCGAAGCAGGCGAACGUGGCGGUGUCCGGCGGCAGCCAGGGGGAGAUCUUUGUGUGGGACACGAACAAGAUCAGCGCGGCGGGCUACAGCCCGUUCGGGCCGGGCACGGCGAUGACGCCGAUCGACGAGGUGCAGUCGCUGGCGUGGAACCAGUCGCUGGCGCACGUGUUUGCGUCCGCGGGCUCGUCGGGCUUUGCAUCGAUCUGGGACCUGAAGGCCAAGAAGGAGGUGAUCCACCUCAGCUACACAUCGCCCCACUCCGGGCUCAAGAACCAGCUGGCGGUGGUGGAGUGGCACCCCAGCAACUCGACGCGCGUGGCCACUGCCACGGGCAACGACAACGAGCCGGUGAUUCUCGUGUGGGACCUGCGCAAUGCGAACAUGCCGCUACAAGUGAUGUCACAAGGACACUCGAAGGGCAUUUUGUCCCUGGACUGGUGCAAGCACGAUGAAAAGCUCAUGUUGUCCAGCGGCCGGGACAACACCUGCAUUUUGUGGAACCCAGAGGAGGCACAAAAGUUGACACAAUACCCUACGCGCGGGAACUGGUGCUUCAAGACCAAGUUUGCGCCAGAGGCUCCGGACCUCUUUGCUAGUGCUUCCUUCGACAACAAGAUCCAGGUGCAGACCCUCCAGAACCUUGCAAACAAGCUGGAUCUGGACGAAACGGCUUUCAAGCAACAGGAAUCCGAGGCCGAUUUCUGGAACAACGUCUCGCAGAGCGAAUCGAAGGAAAAGCCUGUUGUUACAAAAAUACAGGCCCCUGCAUGGCACAGCAAGAAGUCACCAGCGGCUCACUGGGCUUUCGGCGGGAAGAUAGUACGCAUCACCUCCGAUGGGCUGGGUGUGUCGGUGAGCAAACCACAUAUCGAAGGAUUUGAGAAGAACGUCAUGCUGGAUGAGGCCCUUCAGUCAAAGAACUUUGUUCCUAUUAUAAACAAAAGGUUGGCUCAAACUGUCACCCCUACAAAUGAGGAGGAUUGGUCCCUGUUAGAGAGUCUAUCCAUGGACGGUAAGGACACUUACCUGCAAGAGGCUCUUUCGUUCGACGACAACGAAGCAGUAGAUUCCCAACCAGAUACCAAGGACGAGGACUUUUUCCUGAACUUAACCGGCCAAUACGAACCAUCCGGUGAGUUUGAACUUGAUGCUGCCAACCCGGGCAUUACUUUAAACCUUCUGAAGGGCGAGCUAUCCAAGGCUGUAAAUCUUGCGCUCGAGAAGGACCUACUUCUGGAGUCUUUGGUGAUUGCUUUAAAUUCCGACGACGACCAAAUAAAGCAAAAGGUCAAGAAUGCAUACUAUACUAAGUAUGCCUCGAAUUCGCAGCUCGCUCGGUCGUUGUACGCAAUUUCCGAGAGGAAAAUUGAAGACCUCGUGGACAACUUGAACGUCUCGCAGUGGAAGCAUAUUGUUAUGGCAAUCAAGACCUACGCUACUGAACAAUCUAAGAACUCUUUAUUGAUCAGAUUGGGCGAUAGGUUGUUGCAGGCAGGUCAGAGACAAAAUGCCGUUACCCUCUACUUGGCCGGGCAGUCAUUGGACAAGGUUGCAUCCGUCUGGCUCAGGGAGCUGCCUGCAUUGGAAUCCGAAAUGCGUUCGCAUAAAAAUACUCUAAACGAGGCGCAUCUGGAAGCCUUGACUGAAUUUGUUGAGAGAUUCACUGUUUUGUCUGCCUACAUCAACGAGGAUGGUGGUGCAAAGCUAACAAACGAAGAAUUGGUAUCUAAAUUCUUGGAAUUCGUGAGCAUGGCUUCAUCUAGCGGGGAUUUCGAACUGGCCUUGAAGUUUUUGGAGAACUUGCCUGGUGACAAUGAGCAGGUGAAGACCGAAAAACAGCGUGUGCUAAUCGCCUCAGGCAAAUGCGCCACUACAUCCGCAACCUCCACAAGAAGGGGCAAGUACGGAUCUACAACAGUGGCUCCCGGAGUUCCGGGUAUGCCAGCGGCUCCUAUGCCUGUUGUUGGUAUGCAACCACCAGCUAACCCACUGGCUGACCGUACAGCAAGUUAUGGUGCGCCAGGGUACAAUGUUGCAGCGCCAAUGCCACCUCCAAACGGAAGACCAAACCCAUACGCUGCUCCUGCGCCUGCCUACCAGAUGGCCAACCCUGCUGCGCAUGGAAAGUACGUUAAUUCUGCUUCUGCUUCUCCAGGGCACAAUACCCCCCGCGGUUCGGUUUCCAUGCCUCACAACCCAUAUGCGCCAUCUACCAAUGGCGCCGGCGCGGUAUCACAUAACUCCUACGCACCACAACAUGUGCAGCCUGCAGGGCAGCCUCAGAACAUGUAUGGGGUGCCACCGCAGAGAAAUUUUAUGAACCAGACCCAGGAUAAGCCGCCAGUCAACCCUGCCGCCACGAAUGUGCUAUCUGGUCAAUCCCCACAUUUAAACAGAAAAGCCAACAAUGGAUGGAAUGAUCUUCCUGAAAUUGUGAAGGAGAAGAAAUCGAGGGCCAAGCCGGUAUCCACAGCGCCAGUUGCUGUGGCUUCUAUGACGGGAAUGCAAGCAUCGCCUAAUGUCACCGGCGGCACGAUUCCUCCUCCUCCUAUUACAAGGGUCACUUCCAAUACGAGCAUUGCCGGUUCCCCAAUGACCCCACAGAAGCUUUCCCGGAAGUCUUCCGUAGUUCAAACUACCGCCCUGAAUGCUCCAGUGCCAGUUAAUCCAUAUGCUCCCCCUGUAACGGGCAGGAAUGCCGUGCAGUCCCCACCUCUGAACCCGUACGCGCCUUCCGGAGCGCACGCUGCGGCGCCCCCCACGGGAACAUACUCUCCUCAUCUGGCUGGACAAGCGAUAGACCAUACUCACCGUGCUACGCCAUUAUCCAAUAUGGCUGCCCCACCACAGAAAGCCAUGCCAGGCCCCCCUCCAAAGUCCAUGGCAAGGAAGUCCACCACUUCUGAAAAAGACAUCGACUCCGCUAACCAACUGCUCUCCUCCAUCCAAAAAGCCCCUAACGGCGGCCCUCCUCCCCGGAAGCAGGUCGUAGCCCCGCAGCCUUCAGUACACGCAGCUUCCCCAGUGGCGGAACCUGUCGCGAUCCCUCCACAGCAGCAGCUAAUCAUUGAAUUUUUCAAAGAAGAGCUGGCCCGCGUUACGCCACUAGUCCCUCCAGAGUAUAACAAGCAGCUAAAGGACUGUAGCAAACGGCUGAAUAUCCUGUUCACUCACAUCGAGAAACAAGAUCUAUUGUCAGCCCCAACUAUCGAAAAGUUGCAUACUAUUGUCGCGUUAUUGCGGGAGCAUAAAUACUCGGACGCUCUAGCGGUUCAUGUGGAUAUUGCUACUAACCAUGUACAAGAAGCAGGGAACUGGCUGACCGGAGUCAAGCGGUUAAUUGGUCUUGCAGAGGCAACCUCUAGCUGA